AUGGUGCGGUGGUUGUGGUGGUUUGCACUGCUGUGGGCGGUGCUCGGCACCACUCAUGCAGGCAACGUAACCUACGAUGGAAGAUCUUUGAUCAUCGAUGGCCAACACAGGAUUCUUUUCUCCGGUUCAAUCCACUAUCCUCGUAGCACUCCUGAGAUGUGGCCAUCUUUGAUAGCCAAGGCUAAAGCAGGAGGGCUAGACGUCAUCGACACCUAUGUGUUUUGGAACCUUCACGAACCCCAGCUUGGACAGUUUGAUUUCAGUGGAAGACAUGACAUUGUUAGGUUCAUUAAGGAAGUCCAAGCACAAGGCCUAUAUUUGUGCCUUAGAAUUGGACCCUUCAUAGAGGCCGAAUGGAAUUACGGGGGUUUACCAAUAUGGUUGCGUGAUGUCCAAGGCAUUGUUUUUCGAUCCAAUAAUGAACCUUUCAAGUAUCACAUGGGGAGAUUUGUGACCAAGCUAGUAAACAUGAUGAAAUCGGAACGCCUAUAUGCUUCGCAAGGAGGGCCAAUUAUUCUGUCACAAAUUGAAAACGAGUACGGAAAUGUAGAGAAAGCUUUCCAUGAGAAUGGCCCUCCUUAUGUUCGUUGGGCUGCAAGUUUUGCUGUGGGACUUCAAACUGGUGUGCCUUGGGUGAUGUGUAAGCAAGACGAUGCUCCUGAUCCAGUGAUCAAUGCAUGCAAUGGGAGAAGAUGUGGGGAAACAUUUGCAGGGCCCAACUCGCCAAAUAAGCCAGCAAUAUGGACAGAGAAUUGGACAAGUUUUUAUCAAGUAUACGGUGAAGAACCAAACAUGAGAUCAGCAGAAGACAUCGCAUUUCAUACUGCACUGUUCAUUGCAAGGAAAGGAAGCUUUGUAAAUUACUAUAUGUAUCAUGGAGGAACCAAUUUUGGAAGAACAACAGCUGCAUAUAUGCUGACAAGCUACUAUGAUCAAGCCCCUCUCGAUGAGUAUGGUUUGAUUAGGCAACCAAAGUGGGGUCACCUUAAGGAAUUACAUGCUGCUAUAAAGUUGUGCUUAAAGCCUCUACUUUCUGGACAACAAACUACUUUACCUUUGGGUCAACUACAGCAAGCCUAUGUCUUUAAAGGGAAUUCAGAAGAAUGUGCUGCCUUUCUUGUAAACAAUGACUCGAGAAAAAAUGCUACAGUCUUUUUUGAGAAUUCAUCAUAUGAAUUGCCUCCAAAGUCAAUUAGCAUCCUACCAGAUUGCAAGACUGAAGCCUUCAACACUGGAAAGGUAAGCACACAAUGUGGGACAAGAUCAAUUAAAUUAGACCAAAAGUUUGAUUUACCUAAUAUAUGGGAAGAAUAUAAGGAAGCCAUCCCUAACUUCAAUGAAACUUCAUUGAGAGCAAACGUGUUACUGGAGCAGAUGAAUACAACAAAAGAUACAACUGAUUAUCUUUGGUAUACUUUCAGUUUUCAGGAUGAUUCCUGGGACACAGGAUCUGUACUCAAAGUGAACUCUCUUGGACAUGUUUUGUAUGGAUUUGUUAAUGGAAAUUUUGUAGGAUCUGCACACGGAAGUCUCUUCAAUAGAAGUUUUGCCCUGGAGAAAAAUGUUUCUUUCAAUAAUGGGACGAACUACGUGUCUUUACUUAGUGUAAUGGUUGGAUUACCGGAUUCAGGAGCAUUUCUUGAGCGUAGGUUUGCUGGAUUGCGUAGAGUGAGUAUUCAAGACAAAGAAGACUUCAAAAACUUCACCAACUAUGAAUGGGGAUAUCAGGUUGGGUUGUUAGGAGAGAAUUUACAAAUUUACACAGAAAUUGGAUCAAGUAAUUUUCGAUGGAGUAAGCUUGGGAGCUCAAAUAAUCAACCGCUUACAUGGUAUAAGACUCUAUUUGAUGCACCUGCAGGAGAAGACCCUGUUGCAUUAAACCUUGGUUCCAUGGGAAAGGGUGAAGCUUGGGUCAAUGGACAAAGUAUUGGCCGAUAUUGGGUCUCAUUCCAUACCUCUAAUGGAAUUCCUUCACAAACAUGGUACAAUUUACCUCGAUCCUUCCUCAAGCCUACAGGAAAUCUUUUAGUUUUAUUAGAAGAAGAAAAUGGAAACCCACUUGAUGUUUCCAUAGACACUGUUUCAAUAUCAAAUGUGUGUGGGAAUGUGGCUCGCUCGUUCACAUCCAACCCGGCCCGAGUGAUUUCAUGGGUGGGUCAAAAUCAAACUAGACCCAAUUAUGGAAAGAAGCACGGCAGAAGGCCUAAAGUACAGCUUCGAUUUUGGAGGUGA